CGCUCGAUUAUCCGUGCGGCUUUCCACUUCUGGUGUCGUGCUUUUCGUUCAUUCCCUUUCCCCGGUCACUCUCUCUCCCUCCCUCCCUUAUCCCUCCGUCGCACCCCUCCAAAUUCUUAUCUACCGCCACAAAAAACCCCCAUCCAAAAUGCAACCAUAAACCCUAAUAACCAAGAGAUAAACCUAUCCGAAACCCCUCAUCGACUAUCCUCCCCCUUCUCUCCCAAAUUCAGCAACAACAAUGGCAUCCAACGCCGCCGCAUCUGCUCCGGAAUCGCCGCCGCCGUCGCUCGGCAACUCCUCAGUUGGUGAUGAUGUCCGUAACCUCGUCGGCACCGAUGACGGUGGCUUCGUGAGCGGGGAGGAAGAGUUCGAGGCCGCCUCGGAGCAGACGCUGGCCGAUGAUAUUGACGACAAUACUCUAGGUUUGGACAAGGCCGGCAGUCUGGAGGUGGUCUCUCCUUCGGUUGUUGAGGGCGCUAAGGUAAUUGGAGGUGAGGCUCCGGUGGCUGCGGCCAUUCCGGUUCCUCCGUUGGAUGCGGUGGAGGUGGGCGGUGAAGCUGCUGUUGCAUUGGGGGCUGAGGAGAGUGGGAAGAUCGAAUCGGCUGGUGUGAAUUUAACUAGUGAAGGGGACUCGGUUAUCGAGACUGUUCGUGUUGAUUUGCCGGCACCAGGCGUCGCCGUGGUUGGGGAUGUGGAGGGGAGUAGCUACUCUGAAACUGAAGUGAAGGAGGAGGUGGUUGCUGUCAGUGAGAGUGUGCCUCUAGAUAACGAGUUUGAUAAGAUUGCUGGUGAUGGGGAAGAACCGGCCCAAUUUGUUGAUGCGAUGGAACCUGGAACGGGAAAGGCUGCCAGUAGCGUUGGUGAUGAAAAACUAGAUGCUGUUACGGUUACUUCAGAGCCUGCAACCAAGGAACGUGCUGAGACGGCUGGUGUGAAAUUUACAAGUGAAGGGGACUCGGUUGUUGAGGCUGUUCGUGUUGAUAUCGAUUUGCCCUUGUCUGGAGUAGCUGUGGUGGGAGAUGUGGAUGGAAAUGCGGGCUCUGGAACUAAAGCAGCACCGGAGGAGGUGGCUGUGGUCAAUGAGAGAGUGCCUCUGGAUAACAUUUUUGAGAAGAUUGCAGGUGACAAGGAAGGCUUGAUUCAGUUGGAUAAUCGCGAGGAACCUGGGUCUGGUUUUGAGGCUGAUGCUGUUGAAAUGAAGCAAAUUGGAGGAGAGGUGGAUGUUUCUGGUUUAGACAAGGAUGGAAGUCUAGACAAGGGUGGUGUAGCCGAGGCUGUGGUGUUAAACGGUAACCAAGAGAUCAGUGCAAGAGAAGCUAGUUUUGAAGGGGUGGUGAUGGAAGAUGGGGUUAAUGGAAGAACCGAUCAGACUGAUGGAGACACCAUAGGUCAAACUCUUGAUUUGGAUGAGGAUCAAACCCUUGGCAGUGCAGUUCGUGAAAUUCUUGCUUCUGAAACUACUGUAGAUCAUACUUCUCAAGCCGAUGAACAUUUGGAGCAUGGUCGAGCCUCUGACCAAAGGGACAGUGAUGAACCAAAUGUGACCUCUGACAAAUCUGGUUUUUCUCAAUCCUUUGAGUUGGAUAAUAUUACUAGUGCAGAACUUAAAUUAGAAGAUGAUGAUGAAGUUGAAGAUGAAGGGAAUGAUCAACCUUAUGAGGAUGGGGAUGAUGAAGGGUCUGACGGCGAAACUGAAGGUGUUAUAUUUGGAAGCUCUGAAGCUGCCAAACAAUUCCUGGAGGACUUGAAGCAAGGCACUGGUGCCGGUUCUGGUGCCAAUCAAAGCAAAAUGCGUGAUGGUGCAAUUGUCACGGAUUCUGAUGAAGAAGUGGAAACUGACGAGGAUGAAGGGGACGGGAAGGAGAUGUAUGAUUCAGCUGCGUUGGCAGCUCUUCUGAAAGCAGUCAGUGGAGCAGGUUCAGAAGGUGAUUCUGUUACAGUGACCUCUCAAGACGGGUCACGACUUUUUUCUGUUGAGCGACCUGCUGGUUUGGGGUCAUCAUUGAGAUCUGUAAAACCUUCUGCUCAACGACCUCUGAACCGUCCAAAUCUUUUUGCUCCUUCAACUCUUGCUAGUAGGGCUGAAUCGGAUGACAGACUGAGUGAAGAUGAGAAGAAGAAACUGGAGAAGUUGCAACAGAUAAUGGUCAAGUAUUUGAGGCUUGUCUUCAGGCUGGGUUAUUCACCAGAUGAAUCCAUAGUGGGACAGGUUCUUUACCGUCUGGCCAUUGUGGCCGGGAAGCCCAAUAGUCAACUUUUCAAUGUGGAUGCAGCCAAGAGGACUGCUCUUCAGCUUGAAGCAGAUGGGAAAGAGGAGGAAAGCUUUUCCCUGAACAUACUGGCUCUUGGUAAGUCAGGUGUGGGCAAAAGUGCUACGGUAAAUGCUAUUUUGGGUGAAGAGAAGUCUGUCAUCCACGCAUUUGAACCAGCCACCAGAGCGGUUAAGGUAAUAAAUGGCGUCGUAAAUGGAGUUAAGAUCAGCGUUAUUGAUAGCCCAGGUCUCAAGUCUUCUGGCUCUGAACAAGGCACCAAUCGUAGGACACUGUCUGCCAUAAAAAGUUGCAUGAGGAAAUGCCCUCCAGAUAUUGUCUUGUAUGUUGAUCGGCUUGAUACUCAGAUUAGGGAUCUAAAUGACCUGCCACUAUUAAGGUCAAUAACAAAUCAUCUUGGUUCCUCAAUCUGGCGCAAUGCUAUAGUCACUCUGACGCAUGCAGCUUCGGCUCCCCCGGAUGGACCAUCUGGUGCCCCUCUGAGUUAUGACGUGUUUGUAGCUCAACGAUCUCACGUUGUGCAGCAGUCCAUUGGUCAAGCUGUUGGUGAUCUUCGUUUGAUGAAUCCCAGUCUAAUGAAUCCGGUGUCUCUUGUAGAGAAUCACCCGUCUUGUCGUAAGAACAGAGAUGGUGAGAAGGUGCUUCCAAAUGGUCAAAGCUGGAGACCUCAAUUAUUGUUGUUAUGUUUCUCUAUGAAGAUCUUGUCUGAAGCAACUUCCAUGUCAAAGCCUCAGGAGCAGCCAUUAGAUCCCAGGAAGCUUCUUGGACUUCGAGUUCGUUCCCCACCCCUUCCGUACCUGCUUUCCUGGCUGUUGCAGUCUCGCCCACAUCCGAAGCUCUCCACUGACCAAGGAGUUGGGGAAAGCAUUGAUUCUGAUGUUGACCUGGCUGAAUUUUCCGACUCUGAUCAAGAAGAUGAUGAUGAGUAUGAACAGCUUCCACCAUUCAAGCCCUUGAGGAAAUCUCAGCUCUCCAAGCUGAGCAAAGAGCAAAAGAGAGCAUAUCUUGAAGAAUAUGAUUACCGAGUGAAGCUACUGCAGAAGAAACAGUGGAAGGAGGAGCUGCGAAGACUUAAAGAGAUGAAGAAGAGAGGGAAAAGAAGUGCUGGAGAUGAUUAUGCCUACGAUAUGGGAGAAGAUGGUGCUGAUGCUGAUGACGAAAAUGGAGGUUCUGCUGCUGUGCAAGUGCCGUUGCCUGAUAUGGUUCUGCCACCUUCAUUUGAUGGUGACAGUCCAGCUUACAGGUAUCGGUUUUUGGAGCCAACUAAUCAGUUACUCGCGAGACCGGUGCUGGACACUCAUGGUUGGGAUCACGACUGUGGGUACGAUGGUGUGAAUGUUGAGCACAGUUUAGCUGUUCAAAACCGGUUCCCAGCAGCUGUUACUGUCCAAGUGACAAAGGACAAGAAGGAGUUCAACCUUCACUUGGAUUCUUCAGUCGCAGUGAAGCAUGGGGAGAAUGGUUCGAGCAUGGCAGGUUUCGAUAUCCAGAAUGUUGGCAAACAACUUGCAUAUAUUGUGAGAGGUGAGACCAAGUUCAAGAACUACAAGAAGAACAAAACGGUUGCAGGUGCAUCUAUGACCUUUCUGGGGCCAAAUGUGGCUACUGGUAUCAAGCUUGAGGAUCAGAUUGUGCUUGGUAAGCGGCUGAUGCUGGUGGGUAGCACAGGAACAGUCCGAUCUCAAGGCGACUCAGCAUAUGGAGCGAAUAUGGAAGUGCGGCUUAGGGAAGCGGAUUUCCCAAUUGGACAGGAUCAGUCUUCCUUGGGGCUGUCUUUGGUUAAAUGGCGAGGAGACUUGGCAGUGGCGGCCAAUCUCCAGUCGCAGUUCUCCGUCGGAAGGAGUUCCAAGAUAGCGGUUCGUGCUGGAUUGAACAACAAGCUGAGUGGACAGAUCAGCGUGAGGACAAGCAGCUCGGAUCAGCUCCAGAUCGCCAUGGUUGGCCUUCUUCCCAUCGCAUUGGCAAUAUACAAGAGCAUUCGUCCUGGGGUUGCAGAAAGCUAUUCCAUGUAUUAGAAAUUUGGGGUUUUUGUUUGAUGAAUUUUCCUGCUGCAGUUGAGGUUUUGAUGAGAGCAUCUCAGGUUUAGAACUAUUUUGAUUUUCAAUAAAUUGCUGUCCUGUCAUUUCGUGUAGCAACUUUUAUCGGAACUGAGAGAAUUCCUCUGGGAAAUCAGUCCUGUUUCAAUUCAACUUAGAAUUUAUGGCCGUUGUGUGGAUGGUGAUUUUGAUUUUGUGGCUGCAGGCUAUGAAAAUUGGAGGUAGUAUUGUUUCGUUGUUAUUGGCUCUCUCUUGGUGUUAGGUUUUGUGGAUUCAGUUAUGUAGCGCCAUCACCCCAGCUUCAGUUUUCCUUCUGCCGUAGCAGAGCAUCUCAGUUUGACGAAUUGCAGGUGGCAAUUCUGGUUCUCCUCUCACCAGUGAAUGUUUCAAGCGUGGUGCAGACACGUUGGCCCCUUUGCUUUGGCUGGUCACUCCUUGCUUUAACUUAAUUAAUAUGUUACAAUGAAGUGCAUAACAGCUA